AUGUAUGCAGAGAAAAGAUUAAUCUAUGCUUUUCUCCUGGGUCCUGUGCCGGUCGCGCCAGUCCAGUCUGCGCUGCCGUCUACUGGAAUACACACGCACCAGACCCUCAAACCUCUCACUUGCCCAGUCUACGCUGCCGACUCGGAGGCCGAUCGCUUCCUCCAGUCUACGCUGCUGCCUCCUGAGAUUCUCAUGCGCCUUAUUAACGCUACCACCUCCAAUGCUUGUCGUGUACACAUUGGAGGCUGGUCGUGCUUGGCGAUCUACAUCGCCCCCUCCGAGCCUGGUCGUGCUCUCCGACCUACACUCCCGACUCCGAGCCUGGUCGUGCUCAGCGGUCUACACUGCCGACUCCAAGCCUGGUCGCGCGCAGCGGUCUACUCUGCCGACUCCGAGGCUGGUCGAGCUCGGCGGUUUACAUUCCUGACUCCGAGCCUGGUCGUGCUCGGCGGCUUACACUCCCGACUCCGAGCCUGGUCGUGCUCGGCGGCUUACACUCCCGACUCCGAGCCUGGUCCUGCUCGGCGGUCUACACUGCCGACUCCGAGGCUUGUCGUGCUCGGCGGUCUACGCUGCCGAUUCCAAGCCUGGUCGCGCUCAGCGGUCUACUCUGCCGACCCCGAGGCUGGUCGCGCUCGGCGGUCUACUCUGCCGACUCCGAGGCUGGUCGCACUCGGCGGUCUACUCUGCCGACUCCAAGGCUGGUCGCGCGCGGCGGUCUACUCUGCCGACUCCGAGGCUGGUCGAGCUCGGCGGUUUACAUUCCUGACUCCGAGCCUGCGGUCUACACUGCCGACUCCAAGCCUGGUCGCGCGCGGCGGUCUACUCUGCCGACUCCGAGGCUGGUCGAGCUCGGCAGUUUACAUUCCUGACUCCGAGCCUGGUCGUGCUCGGCAGUUUACAUUCCUGACUCCGAGCCUGGUCGUGCUCGGCGGCUUACACUCCCGACUCCGAGCCUGGUCGUGCUCGGCGGCUUACACUCCCGACUCCGAGCCUGGUCCUGCUCGGCGGUCUACACUGCCGACCUCGAGGCUGGUCGUGCUCAGCGGUCUACACUGUCGACUUCAAGCCUGGUUCUUGCUCGGCGGUCUACACUGUCGACUUCAAGCCUGGUCGUGCUCGGCGGCUUACACUCUUGACUCCGAGGCUGGUCGUGCUCAGCGUUCUACACUGCCGACUCCGAGGCUUGUCGCGCUCAGCGGUCUGCUCUGCCGACCCCGAGGCUGGUCGCGCUCGGCGGUCUACUCUGCCAACUCCGAGGUUUGUCGUGCUCGGCGGUCUACGCUGCCGAUUCCAAGCCUGGUUGCGCUCGGUGGUCUACGCUGCCUAUUCCAAGCCUGGUCGCGCUCGGCGGUCUACGCUGCCGAUUCCAAGCCUGGUUGCGCUCGGUGGUCUACGCUGCCGAUUCCAAGCCUGGUCGCGCUCGGCGGUCUACUCUGCCGACCCCGAGGCUGGUCGCGCUCGGCGGUCUACUCUGCCGACUCCGAGGCUGGUCGCGCUCGGCGGUCUACUCUGCCGACUCCGAGGCUGGUCGCGCUCGGCGGUCUACUCUGCCAACUCCGAGGUUUGUCGUGCUCGGCGGUCUACGCUGCCGAUUCCAAGCCUGGUUGCGCUCGGUGGUCUACGCUGCCUAUUCCAAGCCUGGUCGCGCUCGGCGGUCUACGCUGCCGAUUCCAAGCCUGGUUGCGCUCGGUGGUCUACGCUGCCGAUUCCAAGCCUGGUCGCGCUCGGCGGUCUACUCUGCCGACCCCGAGGCUGGUCGCGCUCGGCGGUCUACUCUGCCGACUCCGAGCCUGGUCGUGCUCGACGGUCUACACUGCUGACUCCGAGCUUGGUCGCGCUCGCCAAUGUAGUCUUCUACACCCCAAUGCAGGACCAGUUCCAGGUUUCCCAAUCUUCACUACGCUGCAGGCAACAUCUGCCAGGUACCCUCUGAUCCUGACUUUGGUUCCGGUCUUCGAUGCCUGCCAUCGCUGCGGGGUGCGUGCCGCCUUCCAGACAGAUCUGCAGUUCAGACUACCGCUGUCCCUAGUUCUCGUCGCUACUCCGAUUAGGCGGCCACAAGUUGCUGCGAAUGAUGUUCUAGAUAUCCCAGCAUUUGCUCUUCAUUUGAAAAAAAAAAAGAGCGAAAAUCAAGAAAGAGCGAAGAUCGAGAAAGAAGAGGAAGAGCGACGAUCUAGGACGAAGACCGGAGACCGAGGACCAAGGACGAAGACCGGGGACCGAGGACUGAGGACGAAGACCAGGGACCGAGGACGAAGACCAGGGACCGAGGAGCAAGUACGAAGACCGGAGACCGAGGGGCAAGGACGAAGACCGGAGGCCGAGGAGCAAGGACGAAGACCGGAGACCGAGGAGCAAGGACGAUGA